CCCUUUUACACGCGUUUUACAGUCUCCAUAGACUCCCGGAUAGUGUCCAAAAAAGUCUCCUUCUAAUGCCUUGAAACAAACGAAAGAAAAUGCGUGUUGGCCCUGCGAAUCGAUCGUAUUAACAGCUAGACUCGCCGAAUCCCCUUGCCCGCGUCUCCACUGGCAACCGGGGAUCUUACAAGCUAAACGGGGGUUUGUUCUGCCGUCGUCGGCCCGUCUCUCCCGGGUGGAAAGUAUCGGCUUUCCACGAAAAUGCCUGUUCGGAUGAGGGGGUUCCUAGGCUUGGCGCCUGCGCAAGGCCGCCGCGCGCCGCCUCCAGGGCCGGGGCUCGGGAGGAAGAGGCUGGGUGCUAAACCGGAAGUGGGCGCUCCAAACUCGGGGGUGGCUCCCAGUUUCCUUUUUUGUUUAUACGAAACAGCUGGAGAAAAUGACGCACUGGUUUCAUAGGAACCCGUUAAAAGCCACAGCUCCUGUCGCUUUUAACUACUAUGGUGUAGCCGCUGGCCCUGCUGCUGCAAAAAUUUGCAGUGACUUGAGAUCAUCCAGAGCACGGCUGCUUGAACUCUUCACUGAUUUGAGCUGUAAUCCAGAAAUGAUGAAGAAUGCAUCAGAUUCCUAUUUUUCACUUUUACAAGGUUUCAUAAAUUCAUUGGAUGAAUCUACCCAAGAAAGCAAGUUACGAUAUAUUCAAAAUUUCAAAUGGACUGAUACAUUACAAGGACAGGUUCCAAGUGCCCAGCAGGAUGCUGUUUUUGAAUUAAUUUCCAUGGGAUUUAAUGUAGCUUUAUGGUAUACCAAAUAUGCUUCAAGACUGGCUGGAAAAGAAAACAUAACAGAAGAUGAAGCAAAAGAAGUCCAUCGAAGCCUAAAAAUUGCAGCAGGGAUUUUUAAACAUUUAAAGGAAAGUCAUAUCCCAAAGCUUAUUACACCUGCAGAAAAGGGGAGGGAUUUAGAGGCACGGCUACUAGAAGCUUAUGUUGUCCAGUGUCAGGCCGAAGCUCAAGAAGUAACAAUUGCUCGAGCAAUUGAACUGAAACAUGCUCCUGGACUAAUUGCUGCACUGGCCUAUGAAACUGCCAACUUCUAUCAAAAAGCUGAUCAUACUUUAUCCAGUUUGGAACCUGCGUAUUCUGCUAAAUGGAGAAAAUACCUUCACUUGAAAAUGUGUUUCUACACAGCUUAUGCUUACUGUUAUCAUGGUCAGACUUUGUUGGCUAGUGAUAAAUGUGGUGAAGCAAUCAGGUCUCUCCAAGAAGCAGAAAAAUUUUAUGCAAAGGCAGAAGCAUUGUGCAAAGAAUAUGGAGAAACCAAAGGACCCGGACCAACGGUCAAACCUUCAGGACACUUAUUCUUUAGGAAACUUGGAAAUCUUGUGAAGAAUACCCUAGAGAAAUGUCAGAGAGAAAAUGGAUUUAUUUACUUUCAAAAAAUUCCAACAGAAGCUCCACAACUGGAACUCAAAGCAAAUUAUGGUCUCGUAGAGCCUGUACCUUUUGAAUUUCCUCCUACAAGUGUGCACUGGACACCAGACACGCUGGCCGCAUUUGAUCUCACCAAAAGACCCAAGGAUGACAGUCCCAAACCCAAACCAGAAGAAGUGGUGAAACCUGUGAAAGAACCAGAUAUCAAACCUCAGAAGGACACGGGGUGCUACAUCUCCUAAAGUACAUUGAUAAAAUGUGCACUUUGAAUUUCUCUACUAGUAGAUAAGAUAAACCAUGGAACUUCAGUUUGUAUUUCUUGAAAUGUUUCCUCUGAAGCCUGUAGAAUGACUUAGUUCAUUCAGAGGGAAUCUGCCUUCAGUUUAUUUGUUCUUGAUUUUUAAUAUAGUAGAGAUGUUUCAUGCUUUGUUUCCAGACUCCCAUUUUAAUCAGGACAACACGUAAAAGAUUUUAUUGUGCCUCUGAAGGGCAUGUUUGGCUGUUGAUUUUUGUUCUGAACUCUGAGUAGUAAUAAGUUUCCGGUUACUAUAUUAUAGUGGUUUCGGGUAUGUUUUUCUAUCUUCACAAACAAAAAAGUUUAUUUUCCUUUCUCUUACUUGAUGCCAGAAGAAUGACAGGAGUUGGAUUUUAACCGAGAGGCUUUUCCCCCUCACCAUUAUGUUGUCACACAGACUUGUUAUGUUCUGGGUCUAUUAUCUUUUCUGGUAGAAGAGUCAUUUAUAGUUGGAGAUCAGAAAAUCUGCAUACCAAAUCCCUUACAUAUGUAAGAAGCUAUAAUUUGUUCAGAAAUCAGUGUUUAUAGUAUUUUGAGACCAUUUAAGAACUUACCCCAGGGGUGCCUGGCUGGCUCAGUGGGGGGAGCAUGCGACUCUUGAUCUUGGGGUUCUGAGUUCAAGCCCCAUGUUGGACAUAGAGAUAACUUAAGUAAAUAAAUAAAUCUUUAAAAAAAAAAAAAUACAUACUCCUGUUCUGGUAGCCUCGCACUUUAUUUCAAUCUCAAUAAACCUACAAUGAUUUUUACAAGUACCUUUCCUGAUGGGUUUUUUUACUUAGAGGACAGAACUUUGUGACAGCUCUUUAUGAACACAGAAUGAAAAUGUUUUUGCAGAAGUGAGAUACUGCGUGAUAUAAAGAAGAAACUUUUUUUUUUUUAAAGAUUUUAUUUAUUUAUUUGACAGAGACACAAUGAGAGAGGAAACACAAGCAGGGGGAGUGGGAGAGGGAGAAGCAGGCUUCCCGCGGAGCAGUGAGCCCAGUGCGGGGCUCGAUCCCAGGACUCUGGGAUCAUGACGUGAGCCGAAGGCAGAUGCUUAAUGACUGAGCCACCCAGGCGCCCCAAGAAGAAACUUUUAAACCUAAACGAGAUAGGUUGUCCUGAAUUACACUAGUAACUCUACAUUUUGGCGACAGAAGUUAUGGUAAAAUGCCUUUGUUACCUGACUUCAGUGUGCAUUGUUUCUAUAUGGUUUUCUAAUAUACACGUCCUAUCCAAAUUGUAUUGCUUUAGGCCAAAGGCCAGAACAAAAACUUAAAGAGCAAACAUACAGUAUGAUCUUAAAAAUAGCAUAUAAUAUUUGAAACAAUUAGUUUAGCGUAUACACAAACCUGGGAAAUAGUGGAUGCAUAAUACUUUAACAAAAGUCACACAUCUGUAGGCUUAUCUUUUGAUUCUUCUUCUGGGAAAAAUUAGCUAAUUUUUCUAUCAUAAAUGACAGAUUGGUUCACUGAAUAGAAAUAAUAGUAGUGUAUAUUGGGAGCGUACUAUGUGCCAGGCCCUCUGCUGAACACUUACAUAGAUAAACCAUUGAAUCCACACAGCAACCCUGUGACGAAUAAGUAAAGUCUGCAUAAGGUGUUGAAAUAGUAAUAAACAUUUCAUUAUGAAGAAUAAAUAGGGGCACUGGAACAUAUGACUCUUGAUCUCGGGGUUGUGAGUUCGAGCCCCACGUUGGGUGUAGAGAUUAUUAAAAAAAUUAAAAAGAAAUAGAUUAUGCCUAUCUGAAUCAAUAUUGUGUUCAAAGAAAUGAUUACUUAAAUCAUAGUUUUCACUCUUGAAAAUACAUAGAAUCAGGAUUUUUUAAAAAUAUGUGAAAAUGCUAAUUACCCCUUUUGCUAUAUAACAUUUAAUAUUUGAAGCUGCAGAUUCUAAUAAGUGGAAUAAUAGCCAGACAGACAUUUAAUUUUAUUUUGCCGUGUAUAGAAAAAUAUCUCAGUUAAAUUUCACUGUAUUUUGUGUGCUACUACAAAAUCAUUGGUUUGCUCUAUGCCAUUUACUGACAAAACUUUAAACAGUACUGAUGCCAGCUUUUUGCUCUUGGCCUACAGGACCUGUUUGUCUUAGGUACCAGUGCUUAUUAACCAAGUUAACUCAAUUUUCACGUGAACAUUUUUGUGAAUCAUACUACCAUAUAUGGAAUGAAAACGCGUCAUACGGUCAGUGCUUCUGUAAAAUGCAGGAAAUACUGGUAUUACUUUAAAUCAGUAAUUGGCAACUUUGACAUGAGCAAGUAAUAAAUAGCGUGUUGACUCAGCGUAAGUGAUGCAUUGUGACUAGAAUCCCCCAAUCUUUAUUAUAUUCUUUAAAAUGGUGUUGGAAAUUUUUGGAAGUUAACAGAUGUAAAGCAGUUGCAUGAAGGCUGUAGAGGGAUGUAACGGUGUUAACUGUGCAUUGCAUACAUUUCAUACUUAGUUUAAACUGGAUAAUGACAGCUAACAUACUCUGCUAAAAGUAGUUUGUAUAAUGAAUUAUCUUUUUAUUUAUGAAAUAAAGUAAUUUUACUUAA